GGUUUCUCUAAGUUGCAACUCCUUUGUUAGGGCUGCCCUUGAGCUAUGCUGUGAGUUGGUGAGGAGGCUUUUCUUCUUUGGUUUAGUUGGGCCUAUAAGGGGACUUCGUCUCAGGCUUUUCUGUUUGUUCCUGGAGGGACGUUUCUCCGCUCCCUCCCUGCCUUUUGGAGGAUGGCAACGAAGCCGCAGGAACACGUGCUCACAACGAAGUGAACGAGCAAGGCCGCAUGACUUCCGCCUAAAUAUGCACAAGAAUAGCAGAAUAUGCACCGUAAAUGCGAGGAUACCGUAUUAGUUUAACCAGAGAAUUGCAAAGUGCAUCCGGCUGGGCCAUUACUCCGCUCGGCCUGGCCAAACCAAUUCAAGAAAUCAAUCCUAAACACGUGGCUUCCUAAGUAUCUUCCAUAUACAACAGGAAAGUACUUGUAUUGAGAGAAGGCUGGCUUGAGCAGAGAGUUUGAAGAUGGGAAAUGAAGGAGUGGGAGAUAUAUCCUUGCAAGUGAGGCUUGAAUUCAAGGAAUGGCAUUCCAGGAACUAAAUGUGAACCAUCGCAUGCAGCGUACAGCAGCGCUUUCUCGGCAAGUUCUGGAGCGAGCAAAAAAACGGAAAUUGUACUGGUACCUGCCUUCUCAUCACCAAAGCAGGACCUUUCAGGGAGAGGCUGAUGUUUCUCUUGAAGCUGCUUUUGCUGCAGUUGCUGAACACCUGGCUUGUAUCUCCGCAGUAUGUGAGAAUUACUACUGUUCAGUACCACCAUUUCAGUUUGAGGAGAAUGAAAUUGAACAUAUUUUUCGCUAUCACAGCAGGGAAGCAUCUAAAAACUUGCUAAGAGCAUUUGAAAAUGAGGAAAAGAAAAAUGCUCCAAUAAUGGAAAAGCAAAAUGCUCCAGUAGUGGAAAAACAAAAUGUUCCAGUUGUGGAAAAGCCUGAAUGUCACAAAACUGAACCAACUGCUUUAACAGAACCAACUGCUUUAAUUCCAGCUCAGCCAUCUGUAUCAGAAGAAAUCCUCAUCGAAGUGUCACCUGGCUCAUACAUAAUCAACACAUCUUCAUACGAUGACACAAUCAAAGAAGCACACCUAGUAAAUGUUCAGCCAGGGGAAAGUGUAAAUCUGGUUUUUCAUUUAUCUUCUCCUAACGAUGACAAUUAAAAUCAAUUUCAGUGUCUGAAGUGUCAUCUUUUCAUACCUAAGAUAUUUAUCCUUUUGUUGAGUAUUCUGCUCUACCUUCCUUUUUAACUGUUAUAGCUUGAACUUGAUUAACAUUUACUGCAGUUUGAAUCAUGAAUGUAUUUUUUUACUUUUGCACUAUGUGAUUCUUUUUACCUAAUAAAUUGUGAGAAAGAUA